AUGCUGCUCCAGCUUGCGCUCACCGCCGCCGCCGCGACCGUCGCCGCCGGCCACCUCUUUGAGUCGGACCACAAGAUGAUCUUUGCCGGCUCCGAGGAAGCCAAGGGCAACGCGACCUUCGUGGCCGGUCUUCGCGACACGGCCGACGGGCGCAACCGCUGCGCUGGCACGCUCAUCGCGCCGACUGCGGUCUUGACGUCGGCGCACUGCCUCUUCAAGCAGGUGGGCCCGCGCCAGUACCAGUUCACACCCGUCAACUACGUCGCGAUUGGGUCGCACUACGCCAACGGAACCGACAACGACGCCGAGCUCAUCAAGGUGACGCAGAGCGCGCCGCAUGGCAACUACUCGUUCAACAGCGUCUACUGGGAGUCCCAGUACGACUUUGCGAUCCUCGUGCUCGAGAAAGCGUCCAAGUUUACGCCCCUCGACAUCUACUUUGAAGACGACAGCGUGAACGCGCCCGGCACGACCGCCAUGGUGCGCGGCUGGCCGCAUCAGCCGCGUGCGAAGGACCCGACGACGCUCAAGGUCGAGCUCGCCACGAUCCAAAAACCCGAAGAGUGCAAGGCCGCGUACCCGCAGGUGCAGCCGGUGCACAUUUGCACGGCUGCGAGCUCGGUCGACGACCUCUGCGCCGGCGACUCGGGCGGCCCGCUCACAGUCAAGAAGGACGGAAAGGAGGUGCUCAUUGGUGUCGACAGCUACGGCGCGGGCUGUGGCGGCGGUAUUGGCAUCUACGGCCGGAUCUCGUCCGGCAAGUCGUUCAUCCAGCCCUUCCUCGCCAAGUAAUUUCAAUGUCUUUUUCUAUCUCAA